ACGGCGUGGGGGAUGCACGCACGGCCAUGACGGGGCAGCACCACGCCCGCAUCUAAACUCGUGUCCGUUCGUGAGAGAGAUGGUCAUGGCUGAGAAACCAAAAGCGCCCGUGAAAGUGGGCUUUUAUGACAUCGAGAAGACCAUUGGCAAAGGAAACUUUGCCGUUGUGAAGUUGGCAAGGCACCGAAUCACCAAAACGGAGGUCGCCAUAAAGAUCAUAGACAAGUCACAACUAGAUGCCACCAACUUGCAGAAGGUUCACAGGGAAGUGAAAGUACUUAAGACUCUCGACCAUCCCCACAUAAUUAAAUUGUAUCAGGUUAUGGAGUCUAAGAACAUGAUAUACUUGGUGUCAGAGUAUGCGAGCAACGGGGAAAUGUUUGAUUAUAUUGCAAGAUACGGAAGGAUGACUGAACCGAUGGCGAGAAGGAAGUUCUGGCAGAUCCUUUCGGCGGUGGAGUAUUGCCACAACAGAAACAUCGUUCACAGAGACCUCAAGCCCACGCGCAAGUACAUACUCACACACCGGUGCACACAUGCAUAUAUACACACACCGCGAGGUCGGCCGGGCUGGCUGCGUGACGUCAUUGCCCUCGAAGUCUCCCGCUCUCACGUCUGGCCAAUCAGCGAGGAGCUUUCGGAUGACGUCAUCCUGAAGGAAAAUAUGGAGACGACAGGCCACCAAGCCAUUGUGAAGGCCAGCAGAUUCACUCUCACUCGACUCAUGCUUCUUCUUAAGUCGGUUAUUGAUAAGCAUGCCAAGAUAACCUCAGCUCUCCUACUAGUCCGCGAGCACAUCAUAAAACCUCUGCUAACGAUCCAUGUGACAGCGGUGCGCGUAUUAGUCAUCUCGCACUGCAAGUCCUCAAUCACUCUACGAACUGCCAACCGUGCCAUACAGAGAGUCUACUCCUCUCAACUACUCCUCAACAUACAGGUGAAACACGAGGCCACUCAACAUCUCCAAACAUACACGCCCGAAGAAUCGAGUAAGCGCUCUCAGAAAGAUCCGAAAUCCAACUCCAACAGUCCCGAUCGCCUACAAUACUGCGAGCAGCUGGUGAGGAAGAUGCUGGUCCUGGACCCGGUGAGGCGGUACACGGUGGAGCAGAUCAAGCGGCACCGCUGGAUGCAGGCGGAGGAGCCCCCGAGGGUGGCGCUCGACCCGCCCGCCGCCAAGGCCGAGCGAACCACCGACCCCAAUGAGCAAGUCCUCAGGGUUAUGCAGGAGCUCGGCAUCGACGUCACGAGGACGCGGGAGUCCCUGCUCACUGAGGCGUACGACAACUACACUGCCAUCUACCUGCUCCUGCUGGAGAAGCUGAAGCAGCAUCGGUCAUCAUUGCACAGUGAGAAGCACACAGGGCUAGAGCAGCAGCAGCGGCGGCGGCCAUCCAGCGUGGCAGAGGCGGCUAUGAGAAAGAUGUGUGCAACAGGACCUUCAGGCAUGGCGUCGCCUGUGGCUGCACACCUCUACACAAGCCCUAUCUCAGGUUCCUCAAGCAGUCCCCUUGGGAGCGUCAUGUCAGGCAUGGCCACAACAGAGACCACCUCUGCUGGUGUCAUCAGCCCCCUCAUCUCUCAGGACAUGCUGAUGGCCAGGCCCCAUGGCCACACAGGCAGGCUACUACCGGCCAUCCCCGGCGAGCAGGGCAAUAUUCCGUUUAGUACGGUGUCAAAUUUUCAGAGCAUGGCACCGAGGGAGUCCCUGGGUGGGGCCGUGACUGAGGUGGAGGGUGCGGCGACAAGUGUCACACCCCAUGUGUCGCCACCCUUCAGAGAACCGAGCCAGGAAUCACAGUCUGAAUUCCUCACAGGGUAUCCUAGCACAGUACCUGUGAGCAUGGGUAUUCCAGUGGCUCUGAUUGGCAAGAGCUACAGAGAGAAUGAGACUGGUGCCUCCACUUCCAUAGAUGAGGGUGUAGAAGCAGACAUGUGCGACUCAGAAUGCAGUUCAAUUGUUGGAAUGACUCGCAGAGACCACUGUAUGUUGCAGAAUAUUAAGAGUGCCUCACAACAGUCUUCAGAAGCCUCUCAAGGUACAGAUUCUCCACUUGGUAGUGUGACCAGCACAGAAUCAACAUUUGAAAGCUUCGAGUCACAACUGGAGCCGGAUUUAGCGGCUUCUCUUUCCUCAUGUUCUCAUGCGUCCCUGACUGCACGGCCAUCACUGCCUGGUGCAACGCAGCUCCGAGCCAUUCAGCCCCAAACACAGCUGGACCCAAGCACUGAGACGACGGAGAGAUCACACACAAGAUCUCCUGUCAACUUCCGUGAGGGUCGCCGUGCCUCAGAUGGGCUAGUGACGCAAGGAGUCAUUGCAUUCCGCCAAAGACUAAUUGACACUGAGAAGGCAAGAGGCCUGACGGAGCUACACAGUGUCCAGCAAGAGCACCAGGCACUCACAUCACUGUACCAGGCAGCAGCUGUCACAGGGAGUGAGGAGACGACAGCACGACAGCACUACCAGUAUCAACAGCAACAACACUAUCAGUACUGUCGUCAGUGGAGACACUCGUAUGCUGGUUCCGAUGAGAUGAGUCGAGCACCUCUGGUCAGGCAGAGAGUGUCUUUACCAGAUACACUCAGUUUUACUACUCAGAAGCUACUUGCCAAAGAUAAUUCUAAAGAUUCUGAUUAUACAGUAACUAAACCCCUUCAGCAACAGCUAUUCCAACACAGACUUCAGCAGAAGCGCCAGAUACUGCAGAAGCAAGCAGCAUUUCCCAGACAGUCUUUUCCUGUAGGUUGUGAGCUUUCAAGGAGACAGAUGGUUAGACAAGCAUCUUAUAAGCUAGCACAACAACAACCAGUGCUUCCUCCUCUGCCUGCUGAGCUGAGUGCAGCACACCUCCUGGCAGGUCUCAACCAGGCAGACUUGGCAUGCCCAACCAUUGCUGAGCAUGUAGGCAUCACAGAUCAAGAGGAUGAGGGCUGGGAGGCAAACCCAGCUUGGCGGAACCUGUCAUCUUGGAACCCUGAAACUGCAGCCAACUGGCAGACACUUCCUUCCACUUUUGCAGCCUGCCAGAUUAGCGAGGCACAGCAGUCACAACCGCCCGUCUCCAGCACAGACACCAGAACCUGGCCAGGGCUUCAGGCCUGGCAUGGAGGGUGGCAUCAAGGAGGUGGAGCUGUAGGAGCAGCACCGUGGCAGCCUGUUGUUGGUACAAGUAUUUUGCCGCAAACUGUAUGUGAGAGCCCAAUUCUUGAGAUGCCGGAACACAUGGAAACUUGAGACUAACAGUGUUCUGAAAGACAAUUUUUAUAGUGCAGUCAUGGUAAUCAUUUUACCUGAAUAACAUGAAAAGGAAUCCCCUGUGCUGACUGGUUAGGCUUUUUAUGGACCACCUUCAUAAACUAUCAAGACAAAAAGGACAUAUAAUAUAUGAAGAGGAGGAAGUUUGUGUAUAAUGCAGGUCUUCAUAGUCAUGUGAAAGCCUACAGUCUAAGAAUUCAUGGUCUGAUAUCCCGGGAGAGACACAGGAACCCUAACCAAUGCUGGCUGGACCAGACUAAAGAACACUAGAACACUAGAAGUCCAAAACCUGAGCUUGUUGAACUGAAAGAAGCCCAGGUACCCUCAUCCAGGACAGCUGGAGACAGAUCUGCCUGGUUUUAUGUGUAUGUGCAUAGUCUGAUUUCUGCCUGCUAUAUUAGAGAACCUUAGGGGCCCAGGAAGCGUUGGCCAAGCUGGCUGGACCAGAUUUAAAGGGACCCAAUUAGUCUUAUCACAAAUGUCCGUAGUACAGAUCUUCAGUCGUUAAAAAAUUCUAAUCAUGCACUGAGCUCCCUUGAGCUGUUAUACUGAUAUAUCAAAGACCAGUUAAGGAAUGCAGAAAAGUAGAUUUUUUAUUGUGUUAUAUGGCUAAAAUAGAUAAAGAUUUUGUUCUAGUUCUAAUUUAUAGCAGGUAAACCAUAAGGUAUCAAGAUUUCCAUGGUUAUUGUGAUGAAGACAGACCAAAGAUAGGGUGUUAGCAGAGUAAGAGUUGCUGGAUAUAAAUGGAAGGUGUUAAAGGGAUUAUUUAUUUUAAAAAAUGAUGUAUUUGAACAAGACAUUCCACAUAUAUUCGAACAAAAGAAAAGGGAAGAACAGCAGAACAAGCUCAGUGUCGUUCACUGGCAAGUAGAACAUCAGAGCACAGUACAACCAGCCAGAGAGACAUCAGUGGGCAGUGUGAAAAUGUGAGUGCGAGUAAUUUAAUUUGCAUCAUAGUAUGUACUUUGUGGUGACACAGUAGACUCCUCCCCACCUAACCAUCAAGUUCGAACAUGAAGCAUUUUGAGGACAGCUCCAGCUACCAAGAACACGUAAGAGUGCCUCUCAUCUGUUCUUCAUAGGUUUUAAUCAACAGAAUAACACUACAGAUAUUUCAUUGUGUCAGCCUUUGAUAGAUAAGAAUAAAGUUUAUAUAGAACAAAGACAUCUAUAUUAAGGAUUGUUGUUUUUUGUGUCAAGGGUUUUAGACAUUAAUAUUCCCAUUUUCUAUUUUUUGAAUUGGAAGGUUUUAUUUAGAAUAUGGGGUAAACAACUAUUUCAACUUUAUUUAUCAGUUUACUUUCAACCAUGCUGUUGAUGUUAACUAUUGAUGUUAGAUUCAAAAAAUGUUUAAUCCGGAAUCAUUAAAGACGAGAGUAUAAUGCACUUGAAUAAAGAUAAUGAUUAUAGUAUUAAUAAUUUUAAAUUUCUAUUAUUGGGGUGGAAACAGUCAUUAAUAACACAAUGUGAAUUUUAUUUGUUAUAUUUGUAAAACAGUGUGGAUUUUUUGUCAAGGAACAGCUCAUGGUUGUCCCCAAAGCUCAAGUUUGUAAACCACAUAAUUUUCUUCUGCAAAUACCAUGAUUAAUACAUCUGAUGCAGAAGAUGUCAUAUGUGAUACUAUAUUGCCAGGAAAGGCAUUUUUAAAUUGGCUUGGAAGAUGUGCUAAUUGUGAUAAUAAACAAGAGAAAAGAGGGUUCACAAAGUGUGCAGGCUGCAGACACUGCCAGGGAAGUUAGUGUAUGAUCUUAAUGGCAAAAUCACAUCUCAGGAAGGCUCUCGUUGCAUUGUUGCAUGAGAAUCUGCUAGUCAUAAAUGUCUGGUGCAACUACUAAACUGAUUAGGGAAGUGAGUUUAACUGAAAAAGUUUGCUAAAGAACUUGCCAAAGGU